AAAAACUCGCUGGAGCAGCACAACGCAACCAGCAGUCGUUCUCAGCUUCUGACGGCACAUCAUUCCUUUACAACAACAACAAAAGCAACACUUGACUAUGUCCGAUACGCUUGGCGAAAGUCUCAUACGGAAUCUCAUCAACCUGGGUUUAGAUGACCCGUUUCCACAGCUACCCCGCCCUUUCUCAUCGAAGAGCAUCAGUUCCGAGCGCCUCACCGAUGGCAUCUGGCCUGCGGACGCCUGGAACGACAGAGCGCCCUGUAAACCCCAGUUAAAAGCAGACCGAUCCAUGAGUCUGACCGACACCUUGAACAGAAUGAAGCCCAACGACGUCCCCCCACCGCCCGGGUUUCCUCCCCUGGCAACCCUACCUUCAAACCGGUACAAGACCGAGCUGUGCCGAAGCUUUCAUGAGCACGGCAGCUGCAAAUACGGCACAAAGUGUCAGUUCGCCCACGGCGAGAGCGAGCUGCGAGGGCUUUUCCGCCACCCCAAAUACAAGACUCAAGCCUGUCGUACUUUCUACCAGUUUGGAUACUGUCCCUACGGAAGCCGCUGUCACUUCAUCCACGAUAAAAACGCUAUGCUCGAGCUUGACCAGAACCGGCGUCAACUGCGUCAAAGCGUCAGCUUCGCCGGCUUCACUCGCAGCAACUCUCCCCCGACUUUAUACGAGCCCCUGAGCUUCACCCGCGCGCCCUCUGUCUCGCCUCCUCCCGCCGAUAUCUCGUCCCCCGUCUUCAGCGACUCCUCCCGCGACAUGUUCCCCUUCAGCCGUCACAGUAGCGGAGAUAUCCACAACAACGCGCCCUUCACGCCAGAGCCUCGGUCACGAUGUGUCUGCGGACACGGAAAUAACCUCCAGAGCUCCAGCAACGGGCUAUACAUGAAGGAAGAGCGAAACAAAGCCAACCUGUGCCGCUUUUCCUCAGAAGACUCACUGUCAGACCGCGAAAGUUACAGCAGCACCGGCAGCUCGAGCGGCUCCGAGUCUCCCACCUUCGACGCCUCCACGGGGAAGCGCCUCACCGUUUUCGCGCGGAUGUCUGUGUCUGACUAAGGACUUCACCGCGAUUCCUUCUCAAUCAUUCAAUCAGUCAAAAAAUAAUGUGCAACGAGUCUUAAUACUGUUAAUUUAUUAUUAUUGUUAUUGUUAUUAUUAUUAUAUACUUGCUAAAGGAGAUUAUUUUGAUACCAAGCUGCCCUCCAAAGCCUAAGUAGCCUAGCCUAUUUUUAUAAUGGUGUGUUAUAUUGUCUUCCAUUUGCUUUUGCUUUUCCUGCUUUUCAACGUUGUUUGGCAGUGAGCAUUGCAGACAAGUGCCUUAAAAUAUCAUAACCUAUGCUAGUGGCAUAAGCAGAGCUUGUGUCAAAUAUAUAUGUGUACAUAUCAUAUAGCUAUCCAGUGUGUGAAUUAGGGGGAUUGGCUUUUUAAAAGAAUUUCCGAUGUUUUUGAGAGUGGUCAGAUCCCCCAAAUAAUUUGCACCCUGUAUAUAUAUCAACCAACAAUGUGACAAACUUGAGAAAAAUGACCAUUCAUUCACUCACAAAGAAUGCACUUUACAAAUCUAUCCUGGGAGAAUGUUUCCAUGUAGCAUUUUAACCAAAGCAUUAUGAUGUUAGGUACCUGUUUUGUACAAAAAAAGUAAGAAACAAACCUAAAAAAUAUAUAUAUAUAUUUAUACUGGACAAGAGCUGUCAAGUUAAUGUUUGACAACCCUGGUUGGGUCCUUACUCAAGGAAACUUGUCUUUUAUCAGGGACUGUAACAGUACAGUAUUUCUGUAGAGUAGUUUGCUUCAUUCGCGAUGUUUUUUGUAAUUGUAUAGACCUAACUAAUAUAUUUAUUAAGUAUUUAUUGAAGUUAUAGCAAUGUAUUUUUUACUUAUUUAUCAACACGUGUCACGGCUUUUGAGAAAUUUUAAGAAGCAUUGACACAAAAUGAUGGAAACGAUUUCAAUUGACCAAAAUAAUGUAAUAAAUGCAAAUUGUGAAAAACAA